AACUAAUCGUACGUCGUCGUUUAUGUGCAAGAAUCUCUCACAAACAAUCUCCAUCUUCCUCGACAAGAACCCCUGCGAUUUUCACACUCCAACAAAGCAAAUGGCUGGAAAAGCAGCAAAAUCAGUGGCGAAAGCCGUAGGCGAAUACCAGUACCCAUGGAAAGAUAAGCUGGCAAAGUACAGGGACGAGCUCUCAAAAGGUGUGUGGGGAUACUGGGAGCUCGGGGCCUGGAAGCCUCUCGGCAUUAGUGCACGCCGCAGGGCCCGCCUGCGCAAAGAGGUCCUUCUUGCAGGGGCAGAUUGGGAAUUUGACCCGGAGAGGAAGGAGAUGAAGACGAAGAGGAAAGGGCACAAGGUCGACAGGCUGGCAGCCGAGAAAAGGGAACGUACGGCAGAGCUCAUGCAGGCCAUGCCAGAUAUGCUGGCCGACUACCGGAAGAGAAGGUGGGAGAGGAAGAUGAAGGCGGAGGAGGAUGCCGCUAAGAAGGCCCUGCAGGAGUGAAUUUACCAUUUUAGCCCUUUUGGAGUAGGGUUGAGAUUUGGAGGUAAUGUUUUUUUUUUGGUUGGAGUUAGCCUCAAGUUUUAUUCUUGUUUUGGUUGUGGGAUAUGGUAUGAAUCAUUCUUUCCUUCCUUUCAUGAGACCUUGGAUUUUUCUUUUUCUCCAUUGUUAUUUUGGUGUACGGUUUGCUUGAAAUGGGUCUUGUCCUGAAAUAUUUGUUGUGUGUGAGACAUUGCUUGAUUGCUGGCUGUUAUGUGCUGGACAUGUAAGUACUCUUCUGUGGAGGUAGCUGAUGAAAUGGUCGAAAAUUAGUCUUGCUGUUUUCGUUUUUGCUUCUUAGAACAUCCCUUAUUGAAUAUUAUUGUGUGUAUGAGAUGUUUUGUUUGUUCUCUCGCAUGGCCUAAUUAUGCGAGACGCUCAACAUUACAUUAAUAUGGCUGUUAUUUGUAUUCUAUCUUUAAAACUUAAGGGCUGUG